AUGGGAGGUGAGGAAUGAAUCUUUGCUUUCUAAAUGGGAUAGUUGUGAUUCUUAUGUUUACUUGAGCUUCCAAAAUGAAGAUUCACAUUAGGAAUGAAUAUUCUGAUUGAAGAAGAAAGAAAUUAGCAAAAUUGAAAAAUUAGGCCAGUCCAGAGUGUUUUGUAGGAACUCAAAAACAUGUACUAAUUGAGGGGUUGAAGCAAACGCGUCCGGCGCCGACAGGAACAGGUCGAACUCGGCAUCGACUCCGCUCACCAAAGACAUGGUCGAGUUUCUGCGCGAUUCGAUGAAGCAGCACCUCAACUUCGACCCUCCGUACGUCUUCGUCGUCUUCGGCGCUUCGGUGAGCCUAGCCUCGGCAACCGAGAAAAUCCAACGAAAAACAGGGAGAUCUGGCCAAGAAAAAGAUCUAUCCGACUCUUUGGUGGCUUUUCCGCGACAACCUCCUUCCCAACAACGUCGCUUUUGUUGGAUACGCCCGUUCUGACUUGACUGUCGACAAACUCCGUUCUGGCUUCGAGAAGAACUGCAAGGUUCGAAUAUGUCUCUUUGAGUCGAAGUUCAGUUUAUUCAAUAAAGUAAAAGUUUGAAAAGUAGAAAAGCAUUCUCUCCGCAGUACUUUGUAGCAAACGACUAACCGCUGAAAAAAAAAUUGAUGGAGCAGAAAUUUAUUCUCAGAACACUGAAAAAAAGCAGCGGUCUUGCGAAAAAACUUUGCGAAAAACUGAAUGUUCGAAAAGUGUGGAAAUAAUAAGAAUAUGAAUUUUUAACAAUUAAUGAUAUCUUUUAGAUUUUUAUCCCUUUUUAGGUGAGAGACAACGAAAAGGACGCAUUUGAGGACUUUAUCAAAAAGUGCAGCUAUAUCCAGGUCUGCCAGUCAUGGCUUCUAAUUCAUUUAUUGGAAAGUAAACAGGGAAAAUACGACGAUGACGAAGGUUUCAAGAAACUCAAGGCUUUCAUCGACGAGUACCAGGCCACCAGUAACAACCGUAAGUUUUUCUUUUUUCAAACUUUCGUGUUUUUGAGUUUAACUUUUCAUGAUUUUCGCGAGCCUAUUUCCUAAGUAUUUUCCAUCAAACCAAGUAGCAAAAAGACUUUUGUUCAUCAAAAUUGUUUCAUAGAGUUGUAACUUCAGAAUAUGAAUUGUUGUUCAAAAUCGAAUUUAUAGAGCCAGUCAACCGUCUCUACUAUCUCGCCCUUCCCCCGAAUGUUUUUGAAAAUGUGACCACUGAGCUCAGAAAUAACUGCAUGGAUAAUGGGUAAGUCGAAUAAUCAGGCCUUCAGGAACUUAUUUCGGUUGCAGAGACUCAUGGACUCGUGUAAUUAUCGAGAAGCCUUUCGGCCACGAUUUGAAGUCUUCAGAUCACUUGUCCAAGCAUCUUUCCAAGCUUUUCAAAGAAGUUCGUUUUUAUUUUUUAUCAGCAAGUUUUACGAUGGUUGCUCCAGGACCAGAUGUAUCGAAUCGACCAUUACUUGGGGAAAGAAAUGGUUCAAAACUUGAUGGUUCUAAGGUUCGAUCGGUCUCUUUUCCUCUCAAUUCGUUCAAUUUUGUGAAGAUUCGGAAAUCGCAUUAUGGCGCCGUCUUGGAAUCGCGACCACAUCGCCUCGGUAAUGAUUUCCUUCAAAGAAGACUUUGGAACGGGCGGCCGCGCCGGCUACUUCGACACGGCCGGAAUCAUCAGGCUCGGCCGAGAAGAUGAGAUUGAAAACAAGGGCGAAUUCCAGAGACGUUAUGCAGAACCAUCUGAUGCAGAUUCUCACGCUGGUUGCCAUGGAAAAACCUGCAAGUCUGGACACUGAGAACAUUCGAGAUGAAAAGGUUAAAAAUAGUUUUUCGAGAGAGAAUGGUUUUAAAAUGAAGGAGCCGUCUAGUUCAUGGUGAAAUACUCUUUUUUUUAGUUUGAAGAACGUGAUUUUUGAACCUACGAGAAGCUGGACAAGACUGAAUUCCCUACGGAAAGAAAAUUUUACAAAAAAAUUAUUAAUUCAAUAAAUCAAGAAUUUUAUAUGAUUUUUACUUUUGAAAACUUUUUUUAUAGUUUUUCGAAAAAACAGAGAAAAUAAAAUAAAACAAAAUAAAUAAAUUACUUGUUAUUAUUUAAUUUCAAACUUCUAUCGAAACUUUAGGUGAAAGUGCUGAAGGCGAUAAAGCCUGUGGAGUUGAAGGACGUCGUCGUCGGCCAGUACAUCGCCAACCCCGAUUUCAAUCGUUUUCCGUUCUUCUUCUGCUCUGAAUGGUUUUGAUGUACAGAUCCGGAGGCGAAGCACGGCUACAAGGACGACGAAGACGUCCCCAAGGACUCGGUAACGCCGACUUACGCCCUCGCCGUCUUCCACGUCCACAACGAGCGCUGGGAAGGAGUUCCGUUCUUCAUGCGCUGUGGGAAAGGUUUCUUUGUCUUCGGAACACGCAGAAUUCACUGAUUUCAGGUUUGAACGAAAAAAAGGCUGAAGUUCGUAUCCAGUUCAAGGAGGUCAGUGGGGACAUCUACCCUGCGGGAGAACUGAAAAGGUCGGUUGGAGAUAAGUCGAAAUUAGAACUUUCAUCGCUCGUGAAGGUUUUAUCAGAAUGUUCUCUCGAAAGAAGAACAUUUUUUGAAUUCCAGAAAGUGUCAAAAAUUUCAAAACGUGAAUACAAAAUCUAUUUCUGAAAUAAAACAAUGUUAUGUACCAGCCCAGCGAUAGGAGAACCUUCGACCACGCCCCCGCGUGGGCGAAGGUUCCUCAGUUGGUGGAUAGAGGGGACACGCGGAACCAGCAACCCACCAACUGAGGAACCUUCGCCACGCGGGGGCGUGGUCGAAGGUUCUCCUAUCGCUGGGCUGGUACAGUUAUAAGUGUUGAAAAACGCGGGUAAAAUAAACUUGGGACUUGAAAAAGUCGCUGACAUCCAAGGUAAUUGUUAGAUUUAAAAAAAUCAUAGAUUGAAAACGUAUGCCAAGUCAUUUAUUGUUUUUUUUUUUUUUUCUAAUUUUCAACUUUCAGUUCUGGAGGGUCUUCACCCUGUUGAGUAGGGUGAAGACCCUACAGAACUUCAAAAGAAUUAAACUUGAAAAUAAAUUAUAUACACUCGUUUUUCUCAAAAUGCAUCUUGAAGAACGGAACUGGUGAUGCGUGUCAACCCCGACGAAGCCGUUUACAUGAAGUUGAUGACUAAGAAGCCAGGAAUGGGCUUCGGCGUCGAAGAGACCGAACUCGACCUGACCUACAACUCCAGAUACAAGGUUUUCUCGAGGUGCAUGAGACAUUUUGGAGGUUUUCUCAGGGAACUCGGCUGCCGGACGCUUACGAAAGGCUCAUCCUCGAGGUCUUCAUGGGCUCGCAGAUCAAUUUCGUCCGCACCGAUGAGUUGGAGCACGCUUGGCGCAUCUUGACGCCUGUACUUGACGAGCUCGAACAGAAGAAAAUCAAGCCGAUCGAGUACAAAUUUGGCAGGUUUGUGUCGGUUUAUUUUGCCCAUUAUCUGACCUUUAUGUCGUGUUCAAAGUAAUUUCCACGAAAUGCAAAAUUAUAUCUGACUCUCCAGAAUUUAGUUAUCUUUUCCUUCUCUGACGACCAUUUUCGAUUUCACGGAGGGACUUUGAACACGGCAUUAACUACUAGGUUUUGAAUAAAUAAAUCGAUUGCUGGAGUAUACCAAUAAUGAGCUACAGUGGAACAUUCUAGAUUGACAAAAGUCUUAUUCUAUAAACAAAAAUAACUACUACCCAAUUUCGAGGCAUAUGGACACUUUAUUCAUGUGGGAGCCAGGAAAUUUUUUUUUUUUGGGUCGGCUUCUGAAAUGGAGCCAGUGACCCUUUGAAGCUUAAAAACAAACUGAAAAUUAAUAAGAAUAUAAACCUCAGAACAAGAAAAUUUUACAGCCGUGGACCUGCCGAAGCAGACGAACUAAUGAAAAAACACGGUUUUGUGUUCACCGGAACCUACAAGUGGGUGGCUCCUGAAAACAAACUUUAA